GCACUAGUACAUGUACUAGCAUUUGCUCUUCUCUAUUGCUGCAGUUCCAUGGCCUCAACCUCUCUAGGAAACGAGACGGAUAGGCUGGCAUUGCUUGCCAUUAAAGCUCAAAUACAUCAAGACCCUAAUCGGCCGGUCAUGAACUCAUGGAAUGAGUCCACUCAUUUUUGCAUGUGGUAUGGUGUCACAUGCGGCCGACGCCAUCUUCAGAGGGUCACUAAGCUGGACCUUCGCUCCUUGAAAUUGUCCGGGUCCGUAUCUCCUCACAUAGGAAAUCUGAGCUUCCUAAGGGCGUUAUACCUCUUUGAUAAUAGCCUCACCAACAAAUUCCCUCCAGAAAUUGGGCACUUGCGGAGGUUGUAUCGUUUAUGUCCCCAACUUAAACAUCAAGUUUACUAGAGGGAA